GUUAGUUGGUGGUGCAAUUAUUAAUAUUUAUUUCAUUUUACGAACAAGAAUAAUUAAGAUAGUUGAAUGUACUAUAGGUUGGCCGUGACUGGCCUCACACUUCAGUACAGUAGGUGGUAGUGUAUGCACCUUAAAGUUGGAUAAAGUCCGCCAACCGAUUCCCAACGAAGAAGAAGUGCGCCUCUCUCUCCCUCCAGUCAGCAAGGAAAGGUGUCGUUUUCAAGACUGCAACAAACUGAUCGCUAUUUGAGGGAUCCAGGCAGAGAGAAAGAGGUGGAACGAGACGGCUGGACUGACAAUGACCACUGAAGGGGAUCCCAGCCUCUCGGCCAAACUGCUGCAACUGGUGCUGCUGUCCACCUACUGGGGCAUGCAGAUCUGGUUUACCUGCAUAUCUAGCUUUGUGAUGGACAGCCACCUGAACAGACACACAUUUGGUUUGAUCCAGAGCAGACUGGUUCCGUUCUACCUUCACCUGGGCUCUCUCUGUGCCUUCCUCAACCUGACGCUGUUUGCUGUCUACCACCCUGCAGACCUGCUAGAUGACAGAGAGGCCUUCCAGAUUGGGGUAUACUUCCUGUGUGUGUCGGUAGCAGUGGUCAACGCCCAGUGGUUCGGUCAGAUGACAUCAGAGAUAAUGGAAGACAUGCAUCUAAUGGAGCAAGCCCAAGGAUUGGGCCAGGACAUUGGUCUGUCUACCAAUAGGGAGGCUUACGCCAAGCUGUGUGAGACAGACGGUAGAUACAGGAGUCUGUCUUGUCGGCUGUGGCUUUACAGACUGUUGUCUUCGCUGUGUAACAUCUGCUGCAUUACCUGCAAUGCAUACAGCCUGUACUACCUAGCAGAGAACCUUACUUCACUAUAGCACAGUUACGAAAUAUGGAUGGUAAGUCCACGGGUGGCUGGAAUGAAUGGUAUCGACACAUUAAAAUCAUGGUUUCAUACCAUUCACAUUACUAUGAGCCGCCCUACACUCACCAGCCAGCUCUGUUCUUUUUAAAGUUCAGCCAUUUUAAUCUUCUACUAGAGGAGAGAUGGAGGGAUGUAUUUCAUUCUACUAGAGGAGCGAUGGAGGGAUGUAUUUCAUUCUGCUAGAGGAGAGAUGGAGGGAUGUAUUUUAUUCUACUACCAGAGAGAUGGAUGGAGGGAUGUAUUUUAUUCUACUAGAGGAGAGAU